CGAGUGCGAGCAAACGACAUGAUAUACAUGUAUAUAUACAAUGACUGAUUGUCAACUUGAACCUUGACAUGCUUGCCCCAACUUGGCUUCGCUACGCUCAGAAACGGUUCUCUUUCCCUUCAUCUCGGUUCAAUUCGAGUUGCAUCGCCCCAGACCAUUCAGUCUAUAUUUCUGAAUCAACAGAUCCUUAUUUCAACCUUUCCUUUGAAGACUGGCUUUUCCGACACAAACCAGCACAUCAGCCCCUCCUACUGCUAUACCGUGACGAUCCCUGUGUCAUAAUAGGCAGAAAUCAGAAUCCAUGGAAAGAAGUAAAUUUCGACGCAUUACGUGCCAGAAAGGACAUCCCGUUUGUAAGACGAAGAAGUGGUGGGGGGACCGUGUAUCAUGAUCUAGGAAACACGAAUUUCUCGAUUCAUCUCCCAAGGAGCUCGUUUGACCGAAAGGCAACGGCCCAGGUCGUCUUACGCGCCGUCCGUUCGCUGGGUUUAGACGCGAGGGUCAACGAACGGAAUGAUAUAUGCAUUGGGAAGGAAAAGGUUUCAGGAUCUGCCUACAAAAUUGUGAACAAGAGAGCCUACCAUCAUGGCACUAUGUUAAUUUCAACCCGGUUAGACACGCUCGGAGACUUGUUGCGAACUCAGAAAGACACGAUGGAGACAAAGGGGGUUGCCUCGGUCAGAUCUCCUGUUUGCAAUCUUCAACAAUUCAUUUCAGGGUUAAGUCACAAGGCAUUCAUGGAUGCUGUGGUGAAAGAAUUCCGAAAGGAGUACGGCAGUCUUGGCGAGGCCCAGACAGUCCGCGAAGAGAGUUGGCGAGAUCUGGAUUACAUUAAACGUGGAAUGGCCGAACUUCCGAGCUGGGAAUGGGCUUAUGGACAAACUCCGGAAUUCGCUUAUUCAGUUACUCACGAAUUUAGCUGGGGAGGAGCGGAUGUCAAACUGUGGUCGAGACAUGGAAUCAUUCUUGACUGUGAUAUACACGUUUCGGAGAACGCACUACCGCCAGAUGACAUCGGACACAUGCAGAAAUUGUUGGUUGGUGGACGGUAUGCGUUUAUCACAGACGACGCGCAUGAGCUAAGGUCUGACAAGCCGAGGUGGAUGGAGUUGUGGAAUUGGUUGCAGAACGUAAUGAAGAGCUGACGUUGAAUCGCACCGUGCUGUGCGAGUAAGAUCCAUCUGCGGGCUAAGGGGGAGUAACUGUCGGGUGGAGAUCGUUGGUACUGGUAGCGACGUGGUUGGCGGUGUACACUCUACAGAAACCUUCCCUAAAUUUCUGAUGGAUCACCUGUCAUAUGCAAAUAAUCCAGUACAAGAAAGCCCG